CGACGUCAAAUUGUAAACAGAUAAAAUUUCUUUACAAUAUUUCAGAUUCAGGGAAAUAACUGUGAACAAAUUUUAACCUAAUCGAUGGGGAAUUUAGAUGUAAAUUAAUGAUUAUUUUAUCUUUCUAAAAAUGAUAUACAGCAUCUGAGUUUGACAAACCGAAAUUUGUAAGUUAUUUAAUAUGCCCCCCAAAUUUGUGAGGAACCCAGCAGGCAGUGACUACAGUCAUGCUAGAAGAGACGAGAAGGCAUCCCUUCUAGAUGCCGAUAGUGAUGAUGAAGAUUUCUUUCUGACAGGACCUAGGUCCAUAAAGCCAGGUGGAAGCAGGAGCGAUCCUAAGAUAGACAGACUGCAGAAUCAGGUAGAUGAAGUGGUGGGUGUGAUGCAAAAUAAUGUGUCAAAGGUCAUGGAAAGGGGAGAUCGACUAGAGGAUCUGCAGGACCAAUCUGAUAAUUUAGCUGGCAAUGCUGACAUGUUUCGCAGUCGUGCAAGAGGACUUCACAAAAAGAUGUGGUGGAAUAAUUGUAAAAUGAAGUUAGCACUAGUUGUGAUCAUUCUAAUUGUUCUACUUGUGAUUAUCAUUCCCAUAAUUGUGAAGUCACGGAAUUGAGAUAUGAGGAGUUGGUGCUUUCAAAGAAUUAAGGAGCUUUCCGCAAGACUUCAGAUCUGAAAACCAUUGGAUGUGUUCUUGGCUUCUUGUAGAAUCUUUUAAUUAGUUUUGACAAAGAGACAUCUAUAUUUUUUGUUACUUGUAUUAUUAUUUUUAAGUUAGCAGUGAAAUAUAUUUGAAAUAGUCAAAAUAUGGAAAGAUAUUACCAUACAUUUCAAACAUGUGUAAACCUGUAUUUUGGUAAAUGUACCGAAAGUAUUGAAUAACAAACAUCUUUUUCUGUAUUGCAAUGUGAAUUGAAUAUUGAAGUUUGUAGCAAAUUCA